ACAGUAUUUAAAAAUUAAUUUUAGUUAUAUAAGUUUUAUAGUUAUUAAAUAAUCACUGGAAUGUAUGCUAUUGUGGUUUUUGACAACGAGAUGAAAACUGAAUACAUUCCUUUCAAUUGGAUUAUCAAUAAAAUUGAACUUCAAGAAGUUUCAAUGUUGGUUAGGCAGUGUAUAGAAUUAAAAUGCUACUGGCCUCCAUGGUCAAAUUCAGGCAAAGUCAGUAGAGCACAAAAGCAGUGCUCUGAACCUGAAAUAGAUUGGAAAACAUACUCUAUUCUAUUGUUAGCAGUUGCAGGUAAUGAGAAAGAAGCCUGUGAAAAGGUGACAAUUGCAGAAGAGACCUCUAAUGUCGAAGAGAACUUUACUAAGCAAAAAAGAAAAGUCAAAGAAGAUUUAAUUGAAAGUACUGAUUCAGAAAGUAAAUACAGCAAUAGAAGAAAGAAAAAAAAGAUAUCUGAAAAGCUUCCUAAGCCUGUAAUACCAGAGAGACAGUCGGGGGUUUGUCAUUUUGAGAUUGAAAACAGUGGAUUGUUAACUCCUGUGGUACGCACAGAAUCGUCAGAAAAGGAAGUUCAGCACAGACAAAAUAAAACUUUUGAUUUACAGUCAGAAAGUGUUGUAAAGUCAAAAGAUAUGUCUGGUAUUCCUGGUAACACAAGUACUCCAUUGUUAAAAACGUUUGGUUACACUACAUCUGCAGAAAAAUUGUUGUUGAAAAUUUUGGCAGCUCAAGAAGAAAUAAGAGAGACGCAAAAGUUGCAUUCAGCUAUGUUGCACAGCAUUCAGCAACAAAUUAAUUCAACGCAUGGCAUUACAUAGGAUGAAAUUGAAUUAAACUUACCACUUAAAACAACUGAAGAUGUCGAAGCUUUUGAAGAUAGGUUGAAAGAUGAAGAUGUGAAAAAAAAAUUGGUGCAGCAAAAAGAAACUAUGAAACAAAACAAAAUUUAUCAAAAAAGCUUCUUGAAGAAGCACUUUCCGCUUGGUUUGGUAAUGCUCGAGAUAGAGGUAAAGACAGCCGAAAAGAGAGAAAUUCAAAUGCAGCAAACACGGAAAACAACAUAUAGAAUGUUUAAUGUACAUUGUAUAUAUAUCGAAUGCAGCAACAAACACACAUAUAUAUAUUGAUUACAUAUUUAAUAAUAGUUUAUUUUAUUUAAUAAAACAUACAUG